GAAGUCUUACUUCAACAGUUCAAGGCUCAGUUUCUCUUCACUGAGUAUCACCGCGCCGCGUACUGUAGUAGAACCGGCUCAGUUUAGGCUUUUUUGUCGUCUUAUUCAAAAUUUUGUUUUGUGUGAAGCUAGCAGCCUAGCCUGUAAUCGCCGGGGUACCAGGCUGUAACACAAAAUUACAGAAUCCGGUCGCUUGGGGAAUCAAUCAGUAUCAAGCCUUCGCAGAGUCUGGCUGCACUGUGAUUGCCAUUUGAAUUUCUGAACUCCAAGAGGACAAUUUCAACUUUGAAGAGCCUGCAAGUGUGCAACAGCCAGCUCGGUAGGUCGUCUGUACACAUGGUACAGGCCGGCUGUAGUCGUAAAAGGAUUGAUCUAUCCAAGUGUUGCACUUGGACAUAGUCAGUGCGCGUGAGGCACAGCAGUAGCUGCUGUUCAAACGAUUGGCAUCCGCCGUGAUAGAGUCCGCCCUAGCCUAGCUCGCGCGCGUGUCUACUGUUACUGUGACUGAGCUGAGUAGGCUGGCUACUCCUGAAUACCACUGAAUAGGCUGAGGUUCAUUCAGUCAGGUGCAGUUGUUUGGUACAAUAAUAUCACGUUCUCUCUGCUACGGUGUUAUUUUUCCGAUUGAACAGGUUCAUUGUACUCUCUGUAGGCGUAGUCUACACGUAUCAAGACGCGGAGAGAGUGAGCCCAAGACUCAAGUCAAGAGACUGGCUGACGUACAAGCUUGGUCAUAGCACUUCGCAGCGUGUGUUGGGUGCGCACAGACUCAGUGACACCACCAUGUCGACUCUCCUUCCUCCGGCCGGGGCAGCACCGAUCGUGACUUUGCCCAGCACGGAGACGGUGCAUGAGGCUCGCAAGCGCAUCGCACCACACGUAUUGAGGACGCCUCUUGUGGAGUUGCUAGGCCCCACCGACGAAACCGCACUGGGCAAUAGUCAUGCGGAGGAGGAUGGCAACGGGGACGCGAGUGCGCCACUGAAGAUUUAUCUGAAGUUGGAGAACUUGCAACACACGGGUUGCUUCAAGGCUAGAGGAGCAUUCAACGCCCUGCUGUCUUGUGAUGCUGAGACCUGCAGAAACCAUGGAGUCAUCACGUCCAGUGCUGGGAAUUUUGGCCAGGGAUUGGCGUGGUGCGCACGCAACCUCGGCUACUCCUGUACAGUCGUGGUGCCCAAUUCCGCACCAGAAACCAAGGUGACGGCUUUGAAGAGGUACGGUGCAGAUGUUGUCCCUGUCUCCUACCAGGAGUGGUGGCGCACAAUGGAAACACGUUCAGUGAAGGGAAUUCAGCACAAGCACUUUGUGCACCCGUGCGCCGAUAGCGCGGUGAUUGCUGGCAACGGCACGAUUGCUCUGGAGAUCCUGGAGGACUUGCCCGACGUGGACGCCGUGGUUGUGCCGUACGGCGGCGGUGGGAUGUGUGCGGGCGUGGGUGCCGUCAUGAAGGAGAUGCGACCGCAGUGCAAGGUCUUUCCCGUCGAGGUGGAGACUUCGGCGCCUCUGCGUGCCGCCUGCGCUGCCGGCAAGCCCACACAGUGCCAGCACACGCCGACAUUCGUCGACGGGAUCGGCGGCAAGUCCGUCCUGCCCGAGAUGUGGCCGCUCGUCACGCAGGUGAUGGAGCAACCGCUUGCCGUGUCCUUGGAAGAAACUGCUACUGCCAUACGUAGCAUGGUUCGAGUCAAUCACACGGUCGCCGAGGGAGCAGGCGCUGCACCGCUGGCAGCUGCCGUCAAGGGUCUAGCAGGGCGUGGGAAAAUUGUGGCCGUCGUGUCCGGUGGGAAUAUCGAUCUUGACACUCUGGCCGCCGUUCUUCAAGGUGAAAUCCCAACGCCGGGCGGCCGGCCAACCGGACAGGAAUGAGCACUGUGUGCACCAUCGGCCAUGAUCUGGUUCAAGUUGGAGCUGUGCUAUGGAGCCACAGUUUCGGUGUUCUGGUUGGCAUUGUGUUCUUUGCACCAUGCAAGUACUCAGGGUAUGGCUAUAUUUGAUUUGCUAAAACAUUUAUAUGUAUAGCAAGUUAUUGCUCAAGUAGCAACUACAUGCGGGAAGUUGAGUGUAGGAUCUGUCAAAAUCUUCACUAAGUUAUUGAUAUCACGAGGGACAUAUCCCAUGCUUACCAGGGUGUAUCUUCAUCUGCUUGAAAGUUUACUCUAUCAAUUUCUCUUCAAUUAUAUAUUCUUGCAUUGUACUUCGCUUGAUGACCUGAAUACCUAUACUAAUGACUGGUAUUGAGUUGAAGAAAGUUAUUCUUUGUUCCA